GCCACAGGCCAGGACAGUCUGAAACCAAAGGCCAGGCUGUGCUACAGAAACACGCACAGAAGGCCACGACCAGGGCUUCCAUUGGCUGCUUCCCUCACUUCCGCCCUCCACCCCGAACCCUUAAGUCUAGCCCCAUCCCCACCUGCCUUAAGCAGAUCCUGCUCCAGGGAACCGAGCGGCAGGACCAUUGCAGGAGCAGCUCCCGGGGCCUCCACGCACGCGCACACAGCCGGGGCUGCAAACGCGGGAAACCCCUGGAGGAAGGGCGGGAAGAAAGAAGUCGUCAGGGCCAGACUGCAGGAGCAGAGAUCAAGCCCCUGGGAAAGAGGUCCACAGAGAAAGAUGUCCUGGGAGGAGAUGAAGGAUCUCCAGCUGGAGGAGAAACCCCUGCCACUGGAAACCAAAGAACUGAAUGGAAUCCUGAUGACCAAGAUGAUGAGCGACAAUUGGGACAAAAUCUGGAAUUUCCAAGCAAAACCUGAUGAUCUGCUCAUCGCCACCUACACAAAGGCAGGCACUACCUGGACACAGGAGAUUGUGGACAUGAUCCAUAAUGACGGGGACGUGCAGAAGUGCCAGCGGGCCAACACCUUCGACCGGCACCCUUUCAUCGAGUGGACUCUGCCACUGCCCCUCAAUUCAGGUCUGGAUCUGGCCAUCAAAAUGCCUUCUCCGAGAACACUGAAGACUCACCUGCCUGUUCAGAUGGUCCCACCUUCCUUCUGGAAAGAAAACGUGAAGAUCAUCUACAUGGCCAGAAAUGCCAAGGACUCCCUGGUCUCCUACUACCACUUCUCCAGGAUGAACAAGAUGUUCCCGGACCCCGGACCCUGGGAGGAAUACAUCGAGGCGUUCAAGGCUGGGAAGGUGCUGUGGGGCUCCUGGUAUGACCACGUGAGGGGCUGGUGGGACGCCAAGGACCGGCACCGCAUCCUCUACCUCUUCUACGAGGACAUGAAGGAGGACCCAAAGCGGGAAAUUCAGAAGAUACUCAAGUUCCUGGAGAAGGACAUCUCGGAGGAGGUUCUGAAUAAAAUCAUCCACCACACCUCCUUUGACGUGAUGAAGCAAAACCCGAUGGCCAACUACACUACCAUACCCACCAGCAUGAUGGACCACUCCAUCUCCCCGUUCAUGAGGAAAGGGGUGCCUGGCGACUGGAAGAACCACUUCACGGUGGCUCAGAACAAGGACUUCGACGAGGACUACGAGAAGAAAAUGGCGGGGACCACCCUGACCUUCCGCACAACCAUCUGAGCCCCGACCCCACGAGACCUUAGAUGUUUGAGCCUCAGGAUCAAGGGCACUUAGAACAAUGCCUCCCCGCCCCCCAUCCCGAGCUUUGCGCACUGACCGUAGACCCUCUGCCACAGUGAUUCACGAGAUGUGAUCAAGCCCUGAGUAGAAAGAAGUUUACGAUUAAGUCACAGGAUCGUUCACAGAGACCACCCCUGUCAGGUGCUGGAGCCCAGCAAACACCUAUCCUCAGGUCCCAUCACCUGCCUCCCAGGAGCAGGCUCGAGAACGAGAUCAGAACUUCAACACAAGAGGCACGAGAGAUGCAGAGAUGAAGGCUGGGCUCCAGGAAGGUGGGGAGAGGGGCCAGUUCUUACCCCCAGGGUCCAGAGGGUGGAUCAGGGGAGCCAGGACAGGGUUUCACACCUCGGACCAAGUCAGUAACCAGACCAGGGACCAAAACCGGCGAUGAGUGUGAGGGGCACUGGAUUAACACAGGGCCGGAAGCCAGAGAUUUUAGAUGCCAAGUAGACAAGAGAGGGGGAACCCCUGGAGUUAGCCUGAGAGAGAGUGAUGUGGAACAAGACACCCAGCGCCACGUGCACAUUAGGGCAACGUGACCGUCAUGACUCUAGGAUAGUUCCUGUGAUGCUUCUUAGAGGCUCUGAGCAGAACUUAACUGCACAUGCAGUCAUGUUCUGGUUCUCAUUAAAACCUGCUUGAGAAAGGGUCACUGUUAUUCUGACAAGGUGUAUGAAGGUCAGUGCAUUAUUUAAAAAAAUCAGGAAGGUUCUUUUGGUGGGAGUGGCAUUCUCCAUGCCACCCAGUCAUCCAACACAGAAAGUCAUCUCAGCACCCAGAAACUAAGCAAGCCCUGUUUGCAUCUUUGUCUUUCACCCUCUAAGGCAAGUGUGGGAUCAUUAACCACAGGAUGAGGACUUUGCACUGCGAGGAGGACAGGCAGGGGUGCUGGGCCGGCAGGAUUACAGAACAAAGCCAUCAGUGAACACCCCCACCUAGUUUCCUCAGUGUCACCUCUGAAAUUUAGGCAGCCAGCACCGAACGCCCCAUUGUGUGGCACACAGGAGGCAAGUCAGAACAUAGGCAAUGCAUGCAGUUUACAAGUAGGCAACGCUUGUCUUUCUUCCUCUAUAAAUCGUAAAAUUCUUGUUGAUUUAAUUCUAAAAAUAAAUUCCAUUUUUAGAGUCUUAUUCCA